AGGCUGCUUCCUUGCUGGGCCAUUAGGUGGCUUAAAAAAACAUUUGUCAUUCUUAGGAGCUGGGUGUGCCUGCAUUAGAUGCUCAAAAGGGGUCAGGCUCAGGAACAUCUUAAGUCUCCAGCAACACCCCUGCAGAAAGGAUCUCUCUCUCUCUCUCUCUCUCUCUCUCUCUCUCUCUCCCUCUCCCCUUCCCUCCCUCUUUGGAUCGAUGGUGAUGAUGACCUCCUUGUUUUGGAAGGCUUCUUCCUCUAUAGCUUGUGAAAACUUAACAACUUUGACUGAGAUAAUACGAGUUCUAUUGUUUGACAUGGGAGAAGGAUGCCCCUUACUCCGCGGCGUGGGCAGCCUUGGUGGGGCUACUCCUGUGGCUCCUCUCAGUGACUUCCAGCCACAGGAGACUAAUGAAGAGCGCUCCGUGGCCGAAACCAGCAAAUGGUCACUGAAGUCAUUCUCAGACGGCUCCAGGAUCCAGCAUGUCAACACUGGGAACGAGAUCCUGGAUGAAGGAGUUGCCACCAGUUCCCGGAGGAGUGUCUUCACGGUUGAGGAUGAUGGGUGGUUCCUGCAGACCAUUGCCACCAAAUGGUCUUGUGAGGGUGCCAACAUCCAAGAGGCCGAGAUCCCAGAGGUCAACACAAGGGAUCAGGAGCUGGACGUGGAGAGCUUCAUUAGUUCCCCGAGCGUCCAGAGGCCAAGCACCGUGCAGAGGAGGCUGCAAAACACCGCCGCUGACCAAGAGCCAUCCCUUGGAGAGAGUUCUUCCUUCCCGGGGGCCGAGACUCCACAUGCCAGCGUGGAGGACGAGGGGUCGGAAGGGGACUGUGACACCAGUUCCCCCAGAGUCCAGAAGCCAAAGAAGUGGCUCAUCAAGAAGAUGAUGAUGAACACCUACACAGUGGAAGACUCGUCCUCCGCAGAGUGCUCCUCUACGGACGAGGACGACACGAUGCAUGAGAUCAGCAGCAUCGAGGACGAGGUGUGGGACUCUCCACCGACCCCCAGUUCGGCCAGGAACAUCGACGGUGAGGAAGCAGGAAGAGGACAACUGGCCCCAGAUUGGUUCUCCUCGGUCCAUCUGGGAGAGGGGAGAGCAACAAAGAAGAUCGGGGACGUCGUCCGGUGUGUGGAGUAUGCCAGCGAGGUGGAGGAGAGGUUCCCCGAACUCCUGGUGGGCCUGGUGAACAAGAUCCUCACAGGCCUGCAGAACACCACCGAUACAGGGAACCGAUACAGCCAAGACCUGCCUCCUAAGGAGACCGCGUAGAUCGUCCGGACCCUGCUGGAGAGGGUGGCACAGGUGACCCCAGAGAAGACCUGCUGGGAAUCCCUGUGCUCUCCGCAGAGCUGCCUCCAGGGUGUGGCCCUCUUGGUGAGGGCUCUCCUCCAGACACGGUCCUCCACAGUGGCCAGGCUGAAGGCAUACCUGGCUUCCCUCUUCAGCCUGGACAAAGAUCCAGAUCAGCAUUCCCUCGCAGAGGUGGCCUUCUUUGUGGAGCUGCUCCUGAAAGACCAAGACUUUGCUGCCUUAGAGAAGACCUGGACGCUCCUGGUAGCGUGGCUAGUCCACCCCAGCCAGAACAUCUGCUACCUGAGCGAAAGGGGACUUCUCCAAAUUUAUGGCACCCUGA